AUUCUCGCCGCAACUAUCUAUGAGCCGCUUGGUUUUGGGACCACUAGAGGGAAGGUUAUGUAGAUGAAGAAGAUUGCCUCUUUUCUCGCUCAUGUUGACGCCAAAACUUCUUGUGAAUAUUGUCUAUUUCUGUUUUGAAUUUGAUCCAUUGUGGAGUUCAGUGUGCAUUUAGCUAGAUCUAGCAACUCUUAGGUAUAGAAAUUUUGUUUGGCUGCGAGGAAAGUGGUAGGAACUAAGAAAAAUUAUUAUUUGAU